AUGGAGUACACUACAACUAGAGAGCCAAACCCUGUUGACAGCGAAGGGCUUUGCCUGUUGUCGCUCGACGGCGGUGGUGUCCGUGGCCUGUCAACACUCUUUAUCCUGAAAGGCAUCAUGGCACGGCUUAACCAUGAACGCAAGAAGUCUGACCUUCCCUCUGCGAAACCCUGCGAAGUUUUCGACUUGGUCGGGGGCACCAGUACCGGUGGCCUCAUUGCAAUCAUGCUUGGGCGACUUGAAAUGGACGUCGACGAGUGCAUUUCGACGUACAUCGAUCUAAUGAAGAGGGUGUUUGAUAAGAAAUCGAGCUGGCUGCCUGUCUCUCUCGGGGGAAAUGUCAAGGCACAGUUUGACUCGAAGAAGCUCCGAUCCGCAGUGGAACAAGCGAUUAAUCAAAGUGGGGCUUCCCCCCAGGACCGUUUCAACGAUGGGCAAUCUCGGGGCUGCCGGGUGUUCGUAUGCGCUGCUGCGAAGGAAACUAGCGAUAUUACGAGACUUAGAAGCUAUGAUUUGCCAGGCAAGACAAGCAUUGAAGCAACCAUCCUUGACGCUGCUCUGGCGACUUCAGCCGCUACCCGCUUCUUUGACCCUGUGCGCAUCGGCGCUCGCCAAUUCGUCGACGGCGCCCUCGGAGCAAACAACCCCGUCGAGCAAGUCGAGCGAGAGGCGUCAGAUAUAUGGUGCGCUGAUACAGCGGAGCUGAUGCCGCAGGUCAAAUGCUUUCUAUCAGUAGGGACAGGCCAUCCGGGAAAAAAGGCCAUCGAGGAUAACAUGGUCAAACUUUUGUCUAAGACCCUGGUCGGAAUGGUGACUGAAACCGAACAGACAGAAGCGCGCUUCAUAGCAAGGUGGAGGCAGCAUUACGACCUUAAGCGCUACUUUCGUUUCAAUGUUGAUCAUGGUCUUGAAGGCGUCGGCCUGGAGGAAUUUGACCAACAGGGAACCAUGGAGGCAGCGACGGAGAGCUACCUUGAUCACACAGCUCAGAUCACGCGCGUGCGAGACUGCGUCUUAAAUCUAAAACAGAAGCAGAACGAGACUCCCACCGCGUUUGCUUCUGUCAUUCGCGAAUACUCCAUUCGUCUAAUGAGCCAACAGACAAAUUCACGUGAACCUUGCUGGACGGUUCCUUUCCAAAAAAACUUACGCUUCGUUGGGCGCGCCUCGCUGCUUGACAAGCUAGAAGCGGCGCUAAUUGCUAAAGAACGGCCGUCGAAAAUCUCACUGUUUGGGCUAGGAGGGGUAGGGAAGACGCAGGUGGCCCUCGAGCUAGCAUAUCGGACACGAGCGAAAUACCCUCAAUGCUCUGUUAUCUGGAUACCCACGAACAACGCCGCCCGGCUGCGACAAGCAUACAUCGAUGCUGCAGAACAGCUGGGAAUAGCUGUGACAGACGACAAAUCUGAUGUAAAACAACUCGUACAGCGCCACCUCAGCCAGGAGUCGGCCGGUCGAUGGUUGUUGAUCUACGACAAUGCCGAUGAUUUUGACGCGUGGAUCCCAAGCACUGGGAGCCAGGAUGGACUGCGGGGCCUACUCGAAUAUGUACCGCGAAGCAACCAGGGCUGCGUGGUUUUCACGACGCGGAACAAAAAACUUGCUCUUAGACUGUCGCCGGACGGGCUUCGAGAAGAAGUUACGCAAAUGGACGACAACACUGCCCUUCAACUCCUAUUUGGCCGACUCAACCAAGAAGUGCCAGAGAGGCAUAAAGAAGGCCAAGCAUUGAUUAAGGCACUUUGCCACUUGCCACUGGCGAUUGUCCAGGCAGCUGCAUAUAUUGACGCGAAUGAGUCUUCUUUCGAGAUGUAUCUCGAUCUACUCAACGAACAGGAGGAAGAUGUAGUCAAGCUUUUGAGCGAGGAGUUUGGGGACGAAGGGAGCUACGGAACGGUCAAAGACCCUGUGGCCACGACCUGGCUCAUUUCAUUCACACAGAUCCGGCGGUCGGAUCCUGUGGCCGUUGAGUACUUGUCACUCAUGUCCUGCUUUGAUCCCAAGGAUAUCCCGCGAUCUCUUUUGCCGCCUGGGAAGUCACGCAAAGAGGAGGCUGAUGCCCUGGGAACAUUAACGGCGUACGCAUUUGUCAGCCGACAGCCGGCGACGGCAUUCCUCGAUAUGCACCGGCUUGUGCAUCUUGCGAUGCGGAACUGGCUAAAGCGAGAAAAAACCUUUAUCUUAUGGAUGCACAAGGCAGUUACAAGGUUAGAUGCCGUGUUUCCGGCUGGGGAUCACGAGAGCAGAAAUGUAUGGAGGCUAUACUUACCGCAUACGCGUCGUAUCUUGCCAUUCUGCUUUUCAGGAGAGGCGGGUGAACAAGAAACGAGCCUUGCAUGGAAGUUUGGCCUGUCUUGGGGCGGACCAUCCCUCCACGCUGACCAGCAUGGCCAACCUGGCGUCUACAUAUAG